AAAGCGUUAACAACGUUCCAACGGAUCUGCAGCGACCAAGCAGGAAAACAACAACACCGCCGCCGUCGUGUCCGCUCUCUCUCGCUCUCCUGUCAACAGUUACUUUCUGACGAUAGACUUUUUCGAGUGUUCGUUUUCGUUUGUCGUUCGUCGUUCGGCUCCUCAUCGCCUGUGGUUGUUGCUGCUGCAGCUCCUUCAUUAAAAGAUAAGUAAGGCUUAAACAACAACAAUAAGCGCGAGUGUGAGUGACAACAGCGUUUGCAUACAAAAAAAAAAAGCAAGAGUGUGGCAAAAGCAUCAGCAACUGCAACAACAUUUCCAAAUUUAACAACGCAGCAGAAGCGCAAAAAAACAACAGCAACAACAACAACGAGACAUUUGAAAGGGAAUUGUUUCGGUUUCUAUUUAAUUUAGCGAAGUCACGAUGUCCACGCCCACUUCCCCCAAGACACCCACACCGCCCACUUUGCCGCCGGGCGUGACCAAGACCUGUCACAUAGUCAAGAGGCCCGAUUUCGAUGGCUACGGCUUUAAUUUGCACUCGGAAAAGGUGAAGCCAGGACAGUUUAUCGGCAAGGUCGAUGCCGAUUCUCCGGCAGAGGCGGCUGGUCUGAAGGAGGGCGAUCGUAUCCUGGAGGUCAACGGAGUGUCCAUUGGCAGCGAGACCCACAAGCAGGUGGUGGCCCGGAUCAAGGCCAUUGCCAACGAGGUUCGUUUGCUCCUCAUCGAUGUGGAUGGCAAGGCCAUCGAAGCGAAGUCUCCUCAAGCAGCUACUGCCGCUGCCGCCUGCAAUGGCAAUGGAAAUGGGUCCAGCCAGAAUGGUUACGAGGGCACCAAGCAGGAGAUGCCAGGAGCCAGUGCCAACAUUAGCAGCAUUAGCAUGGUGAGCACUAAGCGAUCCUCCAAUGCCAGCAGCAUUCAGAGCGGCAGCACCAUGAAUGCCUCCGACUUGGAUGUGGUCGACAGGGGUCUCCCGUCGCCGCCGCCCGUGGUUAGUCCUCUGCCCGUGCAGCAGCACAACGGCAACAAACCCUCCUCGCCGAUCAACAACAAUACGCUGAUGAGCACACCGCCGCCACCAUCCGCCACAGUGGCCGGGCUAAACAACAAUGGCAGCGUCUCCAACACCAACGGGAAUGGCACCAAUGGCAUGUCCACGCCCAUAACGCCACCUCCAGCGACGGCGACCGGUGGCAAUCGAGCGGGCAGUCUGAACCUGCCGCUGACAGCAGCCGAAAUGCGUGCCAAGCUGGCAUCCAAGAAGAAGUACGACCCGAAGAACGAGAGUGUGGACCUCAAGAAGAAGUUCGACAUUAUCCAGAAGCUCUGAGAUGAAUGGAACACCAUACUUGUUAUAAUGUCAGGAUGAGGAGCUCUAGAGCUGGUUCUGUCAGGCACACACCACAAACACAAACACACACACACACACACACACAAUAUACAAUAUAUGUUUAGCUAGUAGUACGCAGAGUCACUUAUUAACUAAGCAAGUUUUUAAUUAUUACCCCCUAAGAGUGGAGAGAACGAACUAAAGGGCGGUUGCAGCGGAAGAUGGGAGCGACCGGAGCGCUUCCCCUUGGAAUAUCUAUCACAGACGACUUGAAACGUAUUCUUUUGCAAAUUCAAAUUGGCAAUGUUGUUGCGCGCUGCGGUUCAUUGAACAACUUUCGUUGAUUAUGUAUUUACUUGGUUUUGCUUGUAUUUUUGUCAAUCAAAUAAAGCAAAAUUAUAAAAGAAA